GGUGGCGUCUCCCCUCUCUCCAGAAAGGGCAGUAGCAACAAAUACAGAUGACGUAGCCUUCCCAAGGAUUUAUCAGCUAAGCAGAAAAUGAGCUUAACAUCCUGGUUUUUGGUGAGCAGUGGAGGCACCCGCCACAGGCUGCCACGAGAGAUGAUUUUUGUUGGAAGAGAUGACUGCGAGCUGAUGUUGCAGUCACGUAGCGUGGACAAGCAACAUGCUGUAGUCAACUAUGAUUCUUCGACUGAUGAGCACUUGGUGAAGGAUUUAGGCAGUCUAAAUGGGACAUUUGUGAAUGAUGUAAGGAUUCCUGAACAAACAUACAUAACCUUAAAACUUGACGAUAAAUUGAGAUUUGGAUAUGAUACUAAUCUUUUUACUGUAGUCAGAGGAGAGUUGAGAGUCCCCGAAGAAGCACUUAAGCAUGAGAAGUUUACAAGUCAGCUUCAGUUAUCCCAAAAAUCCUCAGAGGUAGAAGGUUCAAAGCCAACCAGUGCCAAAGCUGUGGAGCCAAAAGUACAAGAUGCCAUUGCUGAAGUGCACCACAAAGCUGUAGAGGCACUAAAAUCUGAAGAUAAAUCUACAGAUCUUUCUGCCAUGCCUCGGGGUACCCCAUUAUAUGGGCAACCGUCGUGGUGGGGUGAUGAUGAAGCUGAAGAAGAAAAUGGCUACAAACACGAUGGUAAACCUGAAGAGAAAAUACAAGAAACUGGAGUUUUAGGAUGCAGCACAGAUGGCAAGCAAGCUGAGGAGCAAUCUGCAGCUGCAAGUGAAGAAGAGCCUUAUCCUUUUUGUAGGGAGCCAAGUUAUUUUGAAAUCCCUACAAAGGAAUUCCAGCAGCACUCUCAAAUGCCAGAGGGUACUAUUCAUGAGAUCCCAACAAAAGACAUACACAUAGCAGGGGCAGGGCAUGCUUCAUUUACUAUUGAAUUUGAUGACAGCACCCCAGGAAAAGUAACCAUCAAAGAUCAUGUCACAAAAUUCACUCCAGAUCAGCGCCACAAGCCUAAGAAGCCUUCUCCUGGCACUCAGGAUCUUCCUGGGCUUCAGUCUGUGAUGAUGGCACCAGAGAGUAAAGUGGCAAACUGGUUAGCACAAAACAAUCCCCCAACAAUGAUCUGGGAAUCAACAGAGGAAGAGUCCAAAAGUAUUAAGAGUGAUGUUCCAGUCUACUUGAAGAGACUGAAAGGAAAUAAACAUGAUGAUGGGACACAGAGUGAUUCAGAAAACGCUGGCGCCCACAAGCAUUACUGUAAGCGAUCAGUGCUUGAAGAACAGUUAAGGCAUCAUUACACUGAACAAAAAAAGCAGCAGGCAAAAGCCCAGGAGACAGGAAAACACCCAGACCAACCCGCUUUAAGUCAGACUGCUUUUAUGAUUGAGUUUUUUGACGAAGGCCAUCCCCGGAAGAGGCGAUCUCAUUCCUUUUCUCAAAAUGUGGGAGCUUUGUGCCCUGAAAUGCCUUCUCCGUCGCCUCAUACAAAAACUGAAAAAGUGAGACCCGCAGCGAGUGAUUCAAAAGGGAAUCAGUUACCUUUGCAGCUUGGCUCUACCCAACAAAGACCAGCACAUGCAAAACUUUUAAAGCAAAAAUCAGAAGAACCUUCUGCUGUGUUGCCUUUCUUACAAACUGCCUUGUUAAGAAGUUCUGGAAGCCUUGGACAUAGACCAAGCCCAGGCGAUGAUAUGGAGAAAAAUUUAAAAAGCCAGGUAGCGGCAGUAACUAUUGAAAAGGAUGAUGAUGACCAAAGUGAUAAAGGUACUUACACUAUUGAGCUGGAAAACCCCAAUGCUGAGGAAGCAGAAGCUCGCAAGAUGAUCAAUAAGGUUUUUGGAGUGGAUGAAAGCCAGGAUUAUAAUAGGCCUGUUACCAGCGAAAGCCAGAAAGAUUUAGUAAGAGAUUGGGCUAUAAAUUCUGCUACAAUAGUGAUGGAAGAAAAAAGACAACUGAGUACCACUGGAUUUCUUGACACAGAGGAAAGCACUGGUACGUCUGGAAGCAAACGCUGGGUGUCGCAGUGGGCCAGUCUAGCUGCUAACCAUACAAAACAUGAUGAAAGUGAAUUGCGCUUAGAAUCAUCUGCUUCUCUAGAAAAUGAUGCUGAAAUUAGUGAAUCUGGAAUAUCUGUUAGAAGUGCUGGCUCAGUUACCUCUUUGACCAGCCUAGGAGAUCGAAAAAGAAGAACACUUCCACAAUUGCCAAAAGAGGAAAAUGUUACAGAUGGCCAAAAAACAAAGGUUACAACCCAUCAGAGAUCGGAGAUAGGAGAAAAACAAGACACUGAACUUCAAGAGAAAGAAACUCCAACUCAUACCCCAAAAGAAAUAGGACAGGAUAUUGAGAAAAACCUCACUAAAACCAGCAGAGUAGUGAAUGGCCUUUCUCCUAAAGGUGACAAGACAUUUUUUCAUUCCAACGGUUCUUCUCCCUCUGGCAAAGAGAGAAGUGAAAAUGGCCAGGAAGCAUCUAUGGUGAAGCAAACUUUAGCUAAAAUUCAACAGCAAGAACAAAGUGAGCUAACCCACUGGAUCCCCACCAAAUUGUCUUCUGCAAAAUCAUCAAAUCAGUUUGAAAAACCGAGAGAGGAGAUUUCAGUUUCCAAUAAAAUAGGCAAUAAAGAAAAGACAUCGGGACGAGGUGCAGGCAAAACCGAAAUGAAGGCUGCACAAAGUGAAGGGAAAAGAAGAAAAGCUGAGGAAACUACAAAAAGUCAAAUUACAAAAGGAUUUGGUGGUGAUAAAAAAGAAGCAUCAAAACCAUUAGUGAGACAAGGCAGUUUUACUAUAGACAAACCAAGCACAAAUAUACCAAUAGAGCUAAUCCCUCAUAUUAAUAAACAAACUGGAAGUACUCCACCAUCUUUUUCUUUAACAUCCACAAGUAGAAUAUCUGAAAAAAGUGAUUCUGUGGAAACAGAUUCUAGUCUAGAUACCACACUUAUUUUAAAAGAUACAGAAGCUGUAAUGGCUUUUCUUGAAGCUAAGCUGCGUGAAGAAAACAAAACAGACGAAGGACCUGAAACUCCCAGCUAUAACAGAGAUAAUUCCAUUUCACCUGAAUCAGAUGUGGAUACUGCUAGUACAAUUAGUCUAGUUACUGGCGAUAGUGAAAGAAAAUCAACUCAGAAACGAAAAAGCUUUACUACCCUCUACAAAGAUAGGUGUUCUACUGGUUCUCCUUCUAGAGAUGUUUUGAAGUCAUCUACAAGUACAAGAGACAAAAUUGAAAAGCGAACGAAAAGCCGUUCUUCUGAUGCUGCUUCUAGAGGUGAUACACGCAAGAUUGUGCAGAACAGUGGCAGAAUGAGGCAACCUUCAGUAGAUUUAACAGAUGAUGACCAAACUUCUAGUGUACCUCAUUCUGCUAUUUCUGAUAUCUUAUCUUCUGACCAGGAAACGUGCUCUGGUAAAUCACAUGGAAGGACUUCUUUUACCUCAGCAGAUGAACAUUUGCAUUCCAAAACAGAAGGCCUUAAGUCAGCUAAACUGAAGACUUCUUCAGCAUCAGCUGGGCAGUCCAGUAAGUCAACUACCCUACCAAGGCCUCGCCCCACAAGGACUUCUCUCUUGCGUAGAGCACGGCUUGGUGAAGUCUCAGAUAGUGAACUUGCAGAUGCAGAUAAAGCAUCAGUAGCUUCUGAAGUAUCAACUACAAGUUCUACAUCCAAGCCCCCAUCAGGAAGAAGAAAUGUCUCCAGAAUUGACUUACUUGCACAACCACGCAGAAAUAGGCUUGGUUCUUUAUCAGCACGUAGCGACUCUGAAGCAACAAUAACUAGAAGCACUACAUCAUCUCGUACUCCAGAAGCCCUAAUUAGAAGUGGCAUUAGGCUAACACCACCAGCAGAUGGUGCUAAAGUUUCUCCCAGAGUAAGAGCAAAUAGCAUUUCUCGACUAUCGGACUCCAAAGCCAAAUCUUUGUCUUCAGCCCAUAAUUCUCCAUCAGUAAAUUCAAGAUGGAGGCGCUUUCCUACAGAUUAUGCUUCCACCUCAGAGGAUGAAUUUGGAUCAAACCGUAAUUCUCCUAAACAUGCCCGUCUACGUACUUCUCCAGCCCUGAAAACUACUCGAUUGCAGAGCAUUGGAACUCCAACCCAAGCUAGCAAUAUCUUCAAACAUAGGAUAAAGGAACAAGAAGACUACAUUCGCGAUUGGACUGCUCAUCGAGAAGAAAUAGCAAGGAUCAGUCAGGACCUGGCUCUCAUCGCACGGGAAAUCAAUGAUGUAGCAGGAGAGAUAGAUUCGGUGACUUCAUCAGGCACUGCUCCCAGUACCACAGUAAGCACUGCUGCCACCACCCCUGGCUCUGCCAUAGACACUAGAGAAGAGCUAGUUGACCGUGUAUUUGAUGAAAGUCUAAACUUCAGAAAGAUUCCUCCAAUAGUAAAUGCGAAAACGCCCGAUGGGAACAAUCGGCCCAACGAUCCUAAACCACAGCCAACAGAUCUUCCUGAACCCCCAACAAUUACACACCGACGAACCUGGAGUAGGGAUGAAGUUAUGGGAGAUACCCUGCUGUUGUCUUCAGUAUUCCAGUUUUCUCGGAAGAUUAGACAAUCCAUAGAUAAAACAGCUGGCAAAAUCAGAAUACUGUUUAAGGACAAAGACCGGAACUGGGAAGAUAUUGAAAAGAAACUGCGAGCUGAAACUGAUGUUCCAAUUGUGAAAACGUCAAGCAUGGAGAUAUCAUCAAUAUUACAAGAACUGAAGAGAGUAGAAAAGCAACUACAAGUGAUAAAUUCAAUGAUUGACCCUGAUGGAACAUUAGACGCCCUGAGCAAUUUGGGAUUUGCUAACCCAGUCCAAGCCGCUCAACCCAAGCAGAAGUCCAGCUCUAUCUCUCAAAGUGCCCAUCCUCAGACACAACAAAACUGUCAGCCAGAAGCAAGGGCUGUUCGCCCAGCCAUUGUGUCUGCUUCAAGUGAACUUGGCAGUGUUGAAGCGGAGCACGAUUUCAGCAUACAUUUUAAUAGAUUCAAUCCCGAUGGAGAGGAAGAAGACCCAGCUUUGCGUGAAUGACAUAAAUGUUGUCCAGUACCUUUUAGUAUUGAAUGUGUAGAAUUCGUUUUGAGUCAUGGCGUCGUUCGUUCAAGAGUUGAAAAGCUUGGCAAAAUUGCCAUUGCUUUGUUAUACCAACUAUUUAACUGUGAUGCUUUGGAUGUCCCACAUCUCUUGAGGUAAACAUUGGACCCAACAUAGACAAAGCAGUUUGUGAUGAUUUUGUGGGCUUUGUAACCACU